AUGACGAUCAAAGCAUCAGCAAAAGUAGGUCAUACAGACGAUAUACUUUCUCAGAUAUUCGAUUAUUUACCUUCCAAAAGUUUAUUCGCCGCUCUUCAAGUGAACAAGACUUUUUUCCAUAUCGUCACACCCAAAUUGUACAGUAAAAUAUCCGUCAAACACACUGGAGCGAACAUCUUCUAUCAACAUAAGACAUCAAGUCCUGUUGGUUUUCCAAAUCCAUUAUCGAAACUUGCUUUAUUAGGAUUAGUCAAAUGUGUGAAUAUCUACGUCCACGGCAGGGAGGUUUGUCCAGGUAUCAAACAGUGUGGAUUCAUUCCACCUUUACCAGACCUCAAGAUCGUUCAUCUAGCAGGUGGAUUCCAACCUUCAGACUCGUACGUUCUCUGUGAACCAUCAACAUGUCCUUUCAUCCUUUCAAUCUGUUCAAACGUUGAAGACAGAGUAAUCUUACGAGAGAUGGAUUUUAGACCUUUGAGAGAGAUGAAUUACCUCAAAGAAGUCGUGGUGAGGUUACGUCCCUGUCAACUUGAUAAUAUGACAUCUCACCAAACAGAUCCGAAGGAACCGUGGUUUACCUUACCAAAGAAAGUCGAAAAGAUGAAAUUAAUUUGGUGGGAUGAAAGACAUUCGUACAGAAUCGAAAGUGUGGAAGUUUCAAGAAGGCCGUUUCGAUGUAGUCGCGCGAAUUUUAAUAUAAUAUUUGGUCAUUACACUGGUUAUAGUGGAACUAAAGAUUGUAAUCGUUGCGUAAUACGUGAACAAGCUUCUUUGUCACGGACAUUACCUCCUCUACUCACGCUUUCAGAGCAACUACCUUGUAUGAUGAAACGUUUUGGCAGAGCGACCAAUAUAAAACGAAUCGAUAUAUACAAUAUGGACAAGAUGUUUCAGAUUGCUUUUGAUCAAAAUGGGACAACAAAAGAAAACCUCCAGGAGAUGAUGUUGGAUUCCUUUCAAGAGGGAAGAAAUGAAUACAGAACGGUUAAGGUGGUACUGUCCGCCCCGAAUGAUAUUAACGUUUCCAAGAAACAUCAAUAUACCGCCCACAGUAUGGAAGAUGAAUCUGGACUCAACCCUUGUGAGAUAUAUUAUCAUCCUUGGGCAGCAUACUAUCCUGCUUUCGCGAAAAUGCACGAAAUGGAUGAUAGGGAGGAAGAAUAUUGGUCAAAUCGCCUUUCACCAUCGCGAGAACUCUUAGAAGCUCGAGCCGAUUUGCUGCGAGCUUUCUCCAAGGGCAAGGGUAGCGAUAUCAUGAAGGAAGAAGUAGAAUUUUACUCUCAAGCAGAAUUGGAGGAGGAAUUUCUAAAUAUCGAACUUCGACGUCAGCGACUGAAGCAUUUGAAGUACGGCGGGGAAAUUCUGAUAAUGUAG